GCUGCGGACCAGUCAGAAGCGUGUCACAUUCGUACGUGAGAGUUUAGUAGCGAAUCUACGGAGUUGUUUGAAUUAAUUCAAGAACAUUUUUUUCCCAAGCAAAAGACUGUGUGCAAAUUGUGCAAUUUCAAAAGCAAGUGCAUAUAAAAUAUAACAUUUUAAAACAUCAAUUUGAAAAACCUUCUGGUGCAAGUGCAAAAUAUUUAUAAGUGUUUACAACACAAAAUUUAUAUAAUAAAAUAAAAUAAAAUAUUGAAAAAUUAAAAAUGGCUGCAAGUGCGAACGAAAGCAAAUCUACGGAGGCUGCUGCGGGCAAUGGCACAGUUGCCACAAUUGAGCAGGGCAAAGAUGUGCAGAAUCUUUUGCCACAUUUAGAAUCGCUGGAGCGUAUUAUCAAGUUGCCGGUUGUGGGCGCGGCCUGGGACAAGAGUCAGGAUGUCUAUCAGAAUGUUAAAGGCCGCAAUCGCGUCUUCAACUGGGCGCUCAACGCCGCCGAGGAUUGUGUCUCACGCGCCGUCGUCACCGCCGCCCCGAUAGUCUCGAAACUGGAUCGUCCCAUACAGUAUGUCGAUCAGACGCUCGUCAAGGGUAUCGACAAGCUGGAAGUGUCCGCACCCAUUAUCAAGGACACACCACAGGAAAUUUACAAUCAAGCUAAAAACAAAGUGGUCGAAGUCGUGCAGCCACAUAUUGAACGUGUGACUAAAUUCAAAACAGCCGGCCAGCAAAAGGCUUCCUCGCUGAAGGAUUUAGCGUGGGCCAAGGCUAAUGAGGUGUUGGCCACACAAUAUGGCAGUCUAGCGGUGUCGGGCGUUGAUACCACAACAGCUUUGGCGGAACGUCUGCUAGAAUACUAUUUCCCCAAAGGCGAAGGCGAUGUUGAGGAGGAUAAUGAUAAUAAACAAAUUGCUGUCGCGCAAAAUGGCAAACACGUUGAAAAUGACAUACCAGUUCCCGCCAACGAGGACCCCGUACUCCACACUGUACAGACCGUUGGCCGACUCUCCCACAAGAUCUCGCGUCGUGUCUAUCAGAACGUAUCCAGACAAAUCAAGCGAAUGCAAAAAGGAAACAUAAAUGAUUAUCUCAGCUCACUUAUUGCCGCAUUGAAAUUGCAUCAAUAUAUAAAUUUCAUCAACUCAUCAAUGGGCACCAAUGUCGAGCAGUCCAUUGCCGAUGUUAGUGCCAACAGCAACAACACAAAUGUUGCCGCGGCGAACAACAGCAACAAGACCACACCAACCACCUCCACGGCGGCAGCGGCGACGGCGAACUCACCCAAAUCGGCGUCCGCCACAUCACCAAAUGCCGCGUCGGCGACAAAGCGCACCAAUCAGAACAAGACGCCGAAUGCAACGUCGCCAAAAGCGAACUAAGCCAUACAAAAAAAAACUGAAAACAAAAAAUUUAAAAAUAAUAUAUAAAUAUUAUGCUAUAAUUUAAAACAAAAUAAUAAUACUUGAAUUGAGUAGAAUUUAAAGAAAAUAAUGAAUUCGCUUAAAUAUUUUAUGAAUAUUUAUUUUUAAAAUAUUUUUUAUAUGCAAAAGUCAACGGCAGGAGCAAAAGAAGUUUUCCUUUAAAGAUUUAAUAUAAAUAUUUUUUAAUUGUGUAAAAGUGUUAAUUUUGGACAGCGUCAGGCGUCAGUCGUCAACAGUGGUGCGACGUAUGUGAGAAGGUCUUACUAAUUUGUGUAAGAACGCUCUUUCAAACAAAUUUUUUUUAUUAGAAAAAAAUCAAUGUUUCACACACACACACACAUUUAAAAAUAUAUUUGUAUAUCUAUCUACUUAUAGGCGUUAAGUUUUUAAUUUAACAAUUAGUUAUUGUAUAUGAUAAUUAUAUACAAAUAUUUGUAGUUUAGCUGCGCUAAAGAUACAUAAAUAUUACAACAUAUUUACCUAAUUGCUUAAGUACAUACAUACUUACACGUAAACAUUUUCAUACAUUUUCUUUCAAAAUAUGUUUUUUCAAAUUGAGCAUGUUUUUUGGAGAAAAUAAUUCAUCAACGUAUUUUAACUACAUAUGUAUAACUUCAUAUAUAUACGCGUAUAAUUACAUAAUGAUUACAUAAAUAUGCAUUACAAUUACUAUGCUGAAAUAAUAAAGAAGUGAAGUACAUAAGAAAAAAAUAA